CAAUCGCGUGUAUUGUACUUAAGGGAGUUUAGCACGACACCACAUGUGGUUUAACGUACGUUGUGCAGUUGAAAUUUCGAACGAUUGAACAAACUCUGUACAGAUGUGUUUACGACCGGACGAAAACCAUGAGAUUUCAUCGGAUUGUCGUUCGGAACUUAGAUCUUUUAUAUCGGAUACCGGGAUUCCUCUUUCUCGCAGUUAUCUCUGAUUACUUAACGAAGGUCGCUGGAAAAAUCCUUUCUUCUGAAUUAAAACGAGAGAGCUUUUCAAAAAACUCGGAGAACGAAGAUCGGAAUAAUACGAUAGUUAUUGGUGGAGAUACAGAAUCCAACUUCCAUGUACCACAUGCCUCCAUCAUUCUACUGUCCCUUCUAGCCCUCUGCCUAAUCGUUCUUUUUAUCAUGUACAUCAUGCUACGUCGAUGUGAAAGUCGGCUCAUGGACCAACUAUCUGGCAAAGGACGUUCAUUCUCCUAUACCCAAAUAGAUUCACCUGAAUCUGGACUUGACUCUGGAAAACUAUCAGAAAAAGAUUACGCACUCUAUCCUUUAUCUACGACAAUCGAGAAACCAUUAAAAGAAGAUGUUAAUCGUAACCCUCCACCCCUACGCGCAGCUGUCAUACAAGUAACUGUUAGCUUUUUGUCGACUACAGGGCGACUGGUCAUAGAAAUAGAAAGACUCAAAUCAGUAACUAAAACACUACUUCGUUCUGGUUUUGCAACAUCGGUGGAAAUCCACGCACGACUGCUACCACUGUCGGAUAAAUUUCGGUACAAAACGUCUUCAAAGCCGAUCCCUAAAGCAGAAUUUCACGAACGAUUCGCCUUUGACGGAUUUACUAAAGACGAUCUACGAAAAUGUUGGCUGCGCUUCCGGUUAUACUCGCAAAGGCGUAUGGGAAAGAGCAAACUGCUCGGUCAAGUGAAUGUUGGAAUUACGGACUUUGAGGUGGAUGGAGUUUGGUCUACUUUGAAUUUAGAUAUCUUACCGAGUGAAGAAGUUCAUAAACUGCUAACUAUGGAUAAAUAAAACCUUAAUUAAAAAUAUUUUUUUCCACUCAAUUUUUUCACUCAAUUUUUCACUGAAGCUAGGAAAAUUUAUCUUUCGUUAUAACUACUGUAAAUAACUGGUAAUAAAUUAACAAUUUUUAUUAUUAAAGAUUUAGUUGUCUA